AUGAAGCUGCUACUCACACUCAUUCUAUCGGCCCUGGUUGGCCUAACAUGCGGACUCGCAUCUACAGAUACAAUCACCUGGGGAGGCGAUAACUCCCGAACAGGCUACCAGACUAACCAUAACAUGGAUCCCGCAAUCGUAGGAAGCCCUCAAUUUGACAUCGUCUUCAAAACACCACUCCCAGGAAAAUACGUUGGCGCCGCAGAACAGAUCUUCUCCCAACCACUAGUCUACACGCCUUCAGGUGGAACAACACAAUACGUUUAUCUCGCGACGACUCAGAAUAAUAUUUAUAAACUUGAUGCAAAGACUGGUGUCAUUCUUGCAUCGCGCAACAUUGGCAUUCCGUUCCUUACUGCUGAUUUGGACGGUUGUGUUGAUGUCAACCCUACUGUUGGCGUCACAGCGACUGGUGUUAUUGAUCCCGAUACCGAUACGUGGUAUAUCACGUCAAAGACGUAUGUUAACCAGAAUGCGGGCCAGGUUCCGCAGGGAAGACCGGCAGGGAGGUAUAAGAUCCAUGCUAUCAACGUGAAUGAUCUUUCGGAGCGACAGAACUUUCCUGUUGAUCUGGAGGGCACGAUUGCAAGGAAUAAUCCUGAGAGGAUGUUCACAGGCGGUAUUCACCACCAACGACCUGGACUACUCCACACAGGACAAUAUGUCUACGCUGGCUUCGCAUCGCAUUGUGUGCAGUAUAACUUCACCGGCUGGAUCAUGGGCUGGGACAAGACCACCGGACAAAUCGUCGAGCACUGGGCUUCUGAAGGUCUUGGAGUAAGCAGUAACAUCUCCGGAGCUGGAAUCUGGCAAUCUGGCGGUGGUCUGGCCUCCGACGACGCAGGGUCAAUGUUCUUCGCUACUGGAAACGGAUACGCUUCUCAACUCUCCACCAUUCCUGUUAAUGGCUUCACGCCCCCGACUGCGAUGGAACAAGCCGCUGUUCACAUGUCCAUCAACAGUGACGGUACUCUCUCAAUUGUGGAUUUCUUCAUGCCGUUUGAGAAGCAGGAACUUGAUGGUGCGGAUAAGGAUCUGGGAACCAGUCCGCUUGAGAUUCUGCCGAGCCAAUUCUCGUGCGGUGAUAUUAAGAGGAUGGGUAUUGUCACUGGCAAGUCUGGAAAGACUUAUUGGCUUAAUCUUGAUGAUCUUGGUGGUUAUCGCAAUGGUCCUAACUCGAAGGAUAGAGUCAUCCAGACGUUUCAGAAUGAGAAUUCUGUGUAUGCGGGCGCUGGUGUCUAUCCUCUCGAAGGAGGCUACAUUUACAUCAACGUGAUCCAAUACCCAACGCAUGUCUUCAAAUUUUCCUGUCUCAACAACACACCCUACUUCACAAAAGUCGCCGACUCCCCAACCAACAACGCCUACAUCCUCGGCGUAAGCCACGGCACAACAACAUCCCUCAAUAACCAAGAAGGCACAGGUCUCCUCUGGGUAUCCGAUGUCCAAAACACCAACUUCAAGAUCUACGACGCCGUUCCUCAGAACGGCUACCUCAACGUCAUUCGAAACUUCACCAUUGUGGGGAUUACCAAGUUUAGUAGACCUGUGUUCGGUGAUGGUAUGGCGUAUAUUGGCACGACGGUGGGAUACUUUUAUGGUCUUGGAUCGACGAAUAAGUUUCCGCUUAAUUGUACGAGUUCAAUCGAUUUCGGGACCGUGGACUUUCAGGGAAGUGGCGCGCAGCUUGUUAAUUGUACCGCGGUGUUUGAUCUGAGCGUUACGGGUGUUGCGCUUGCGGAUGGGACGAACUAUAACAUCAGUCAGACGCCGAGUCUGCCGUUGUCUAUGUCGGCGGGAGAUAAGUUCCAAUUCGCGGCACAGUUCGCCCCCAAGAGUGUUGGUAGAUUGGGUACUACCAUCAAUAUUCAGACUUCGGGCGUGUCGGAUGCGUCGUAUAGCAAAUCUGUCAAGGUCAGGCUCACGGGCGUUGGCAAGAGUUCGAAUGCUUUGUUGGAUGUCAGUCCCAAGUCUGUGGUGUUCACAGGUCUCGUCACCGGUACGCAAGCUGAAGCUCAGAGCGUUCUUAUCGGCAACGAUGGAUCCAGCGAUCUCCAGGUUUCUUCAGUUCUGUUUUCUAACACCUCCUCAUCCGGUCCAUUUACCACCUGGUCGGGCACAGGUAGUCUCACCGUCGGUAAGUUCACACUGACUGGUAUCCCAAGUAUAGUCCCUGGAGGAAACGACACUGCCAUCUCUGUCAAGCCAGAUACUUCUGUUACUGGUAACUACACGGCUUGGGUCAAGUUCGUCACCACCGGAGGCAAUGCUACGGUGUCUUUGUCUGCUGCCGCUGGCGAUCCUCCAACCGCUCUUCUCGAGUUCCAAACACCAGAUGGAAGCGGCUGGGUCAAGUACGAUCCCAGCAAUCCCUUCACAUUCGGGAACGUCACAGAAAAUACAUCUCGUUCUCUCAAAUUCCGUGUCUCCAACACUGCUGCUCCCGGUGGUGUCAAGCUCGGUCUCACAGUCUCAAAACCACCCUUCGGCGUUCCAGGCAUCAUCAAAUCAGCAAACCAGAUUGAUCUCGCUGAAGGAACACUCAUCGCUCCAGGUCAAAGCCAAACAGCAACGUUAACCUGCACCGUCCCCAAAAGUCAAUGGAACCUCCCAUCUUACAACGGCACCGCCCAGUGGACUAUCAACACCAACGAUCCAACCUGGUCUUUCGAGAAGCGCGCAGUACAAUUUUUCUGCAACGCCGUCUCCGAACAAGCAGCUCCUCUUCUACCCAACGGCCAAGGACGGUAUCAAUACGUCGGCUGCUUCAAGGAGAACAAUCCCGGUCGUCAGCUCUCCUACCAACUCUACGCCAAUAGCUCCAACACCAAUGAGAUGUGCAUCAACACUUGUGGGUCUGAAGGUCUAACAUUCUGCGGUACGCAAUACCGAAGUGAAUGCUGGGCAGGCAACAAGAUCCCGACUCAAAAAGUCGACGAUAAUAAUUGUAACUUCGACUGUGCGGGAAGUCUGAACCAGAUUUGCGGUGGAAACGGGAUUGAUGGUAGUGGAGCUUAUAUCAGUCUCUUCGCUGAUACGCUUCAGUGGGAUGGGUCGUAUGCGAGCGUUACUACUAGUAGUAGUGCCAGCGCUGCAACGCCCCAAGGACCGUCUGUCAACCCUGGUGUCGGUGGUUACACCAGCAUUGGGUGUUAUACUGAGGCUACCAAUGCUCGAGCACUUCCUAAUGGUAGGGGGAAUAAUCCCCCUACUGUUGCGAACUGUGUUCAGGCUUGUAGUAAUGAGAACUUCGUUUAUGCUGGUGUGGAAUAUGGUGGAGAGUGUUACUGCGGAAAUAGUUUCUCGGACGGAUCAGUGUCUGCUCCGAUUACUGAUUGCGGCAUGACUUGCAACGGCAACUCGAGCGAAUACUGUGGUGGCCCUAGCCGUCUUAACGUCUAUGAACUCAACGCGGUCUACAGUAGUUCAUUACCCACAUCAAUGGGGGCUUUGUCGUCAGCUAGUAGCGUGGGCUCCUCAGUAGCUGCCUCUUCAAGUGCUGCUCUCUCCGUGUCGGGCUCUGGUUCAGUUGCAUCGGCCAGCAUUGGAGCUGCGUCUAGUUCCUCAAGCGCCUCCCUCUCGUCGUCUUUGGCCUCAGCGAGUGGAAGCUCUUCUUCUAGUGGAGUAUCCAGCUCAACCUCGAACAGCGCUUCUAGUAGCACAAGCUCAGCCAGCAGUUCGAUCUCAGCUCCCGCCUCAAGCAGUAUAUCGACAAGCUCCACGAGCUCUUUCAGCACUUCGCUGAGCGUAUUUGGCAAUAUCGCCGGUGGCCUCAACAGCGCUUCUUCUUCUACCUCCAGCUCUUUACCAGCUUCCUCUUCCAGAAGCUUGGCUUCAACAAGCAGCGCCACAAGUCUCUCAAGCUCUGGAGGCUCAAGCAGCUCGGCUCUCAGCUCUUCCACGAGCGGCGCAGCAACGAGUGCUUCUUCGACUGCCAGUACCAGUACCACCAGCUCUGCUUCUCGGUCUACAGCCUCGACUACAAACACUGCCCCAACAACAUCGACCUCAUCUGCCUCUACUUCGUCGACGACAUCUUCUGGCACAAGCUCAAGUACUUCUUCGACAACAUGGACAACCUUCGCUACACUCUCUUCAACUAGCUCGCGUGCCUCCACCACAACAACCAGUACGACUUCAUCAAUCUCGAGUUCAGUGUCUGCGAGCGUGGCGUCGUCAAGCACGUUGCCUUCAAGCGUUUUAAGCGCCCCAAGCGCCCCUUCUCUUAGUGCGCUAUCAUCAGUGACAACGUCUUCCAUCGUCAGUCGCCCCUCAUCGGCUACGACAUCGUCGGGUGUCUCGAUUGUCUCGUCAAUAAGCUCUCUGGUUGCGGGAGGUGGAGCUGGUGUUUCAUCCAUAUCCAGCGUCGCGUCUGCUGUCGCGACAUCUCGUUCAACUUCCGUUGCAUCUUCAUCAACGACGUCUUCGACUACAAGCUCGUCCAUCUCAACUACAUGGUCCACCUCUAGCACGACAUCACGGGCCAGCUCCACGACUACGACUAGCUCUAGCACUUCAACCACCAGCAGUUCCACAUCCUCAAGGGCCUCCUCAACCACUACAAGUACUACGAGCACCACCUCAACAACAAUCAAGCCAACAGCUACAGGCCCUUCAAUCUCCGACACAGUGGGAACGUGGGCUUUCCAAGGCUGCUGGACAGAAGGCUUCCUCAUCCGCGCCCUCAACUCCAAGGCCACCGCCAGCGAUGACAUGACCCUCGAAAGCUGCGCCAGCUUCUGCAGCGGCUUCACUUACUUCGGUACUGAGAACAGUAGAGAGUGUUACUGUGGCAAUCAGCUCAAUUUCGGAAGUAUUCAGGCUCCCAAUCAAAAGGACUGCUCUGCUACCUGCGCAGGAGACAAGACAGACUAUUGUGGUGGCACGCUUCGCUUACAGCUUUACAAAGCUGGUGCUAAGACUACAACUACACCAUCUGUGGACCAGGGGAACAAGAACUUCACGAGCUACUCAUGUGUUUCGGAGCCUUUCCUUGGUCGUUUACUUCCUCAACUUGUCAUGAGCGACGGCAAUUCCAUGACAAUCGAUACGUGUCUCGAGAAGUGUUGGAUGUACAAAUACGCAGGUGUCGAGAACGGUCGCGAAUGUUGGUGCGGCAACAACAUCAAUUGGCAGGGUCUUCUACCUAACUUUGGUCAGGGCAAGAAUGUCUCUAUGACGGACUGCAACAUUGGCUGUCCUGGAAACAAUCUUGCGUACUGUGGUGGUUUGGCGAGGAUGAAUCUGUAUAUUAACAAGUCCUCGGCUUUGGCAUUUUUGAAGAAGCAUAAGAGACGGCAUGCGAAAGGACUCUGA